UCCCCGGCGGAGCCACGUCCUCUGCGGGGCGGGGGUGGAGAGCGUGCGUGGCGUGAGGGCGCCAGGUUCCCGGAUGGAGGCGAUGGUGAUCGCCAUUUGGGCAAGAGCAGCAGGCGCGGAGGGCGCUAGGUAGCUGCCACUAUGAGAUCCCCGACCCAGCUGCUGCUGCUCGUGCUGUUGGCCUUUCCCGCCGCGCUGCUGCUCGGCGGAGUUCGCGGCGGCCCGGGUUCAAGUUUACUAGUUGCAGCCCAAGAUGCUACGGAGGAUGAAGAAGCAGUGGAAGAUACGGUAGUUGAAGAUGAAGAUGAUGAAGCUGAAGUUGAAGAAGAUGAACCCACAGACUUGAUAGAAGAAAGAGAGGAAGAAGACUUAUCAGGAGAACCUAAAGCCUCACCUAGCGCUGAUACAACUAUCUUGUUUGUGAAAGGUGAAGACUUUCCUGCAAACAACAUUGUAAAGUUCCUGGUAGGCUUCACCAACAAGGGUACAGAGGAUUUUAUUGUUGAGUCUCUUGAUGCCUCUUUCCGGUACCCUCAGGACUAUCAGUUUUUCAUUCAGAAUUUCACAGCUCUUCCUCUGAACACAGUGGUUCCACCACAAAAACAGGCCACAUUUGAGUACUCGUUCAUCCCUGCAGAGCCUAUGGGUGGUCGUCCCUUCGGACUGGUUAUAAAUCUGAACUACAAAGACUUAAAUGGCAACGUGUUCCAAGAUGCUGUCUUCAAUCAAACUGUUACAAUUAUUGAAAAAGAAGAUGGAUUGGAUGGAGAAACAAUCUUCAUGUACGUGUUCCUGGCAGGACUUGGCCUACUUGUCAUUGUCGGUCUACAUCAGCUGCUAGAAUCUAGGAAAAGAAAGAGACCAGCACAGAAAGUAGAGAUGGGCACGUCAAAUCAAAAUGAUGUUGACAUGAGCUGGAUUCCUCAAGAAACUUUAAAUCAGAUCAAUAAAGCUUCACCAAGGCGGUUGCCGCGCAAAAGGGUACAGAAGAGAUCAGUGGGAUCUGAUGAGGACUGAGCAUCUGAGCCAAUGACAGAUGAACAAUACCUGCAAAUCACUUCACCACACUCAGUGUGAAACAGAGUCUAAGGUCUGAAACUCCCUCUACUGGCACUACUGUACUAUAAACUUCCCUGUAAAUGAAGUGUGAAGUAUUUUGACUCUCUUGUCUUGAUGUGGAAAGUAACUUUAGAAACAUCUGUUUCCCGUUUUUAACAGUGCUUGACUUACAAACUUAGCAUAACUAGCCAGUAAAGAACAUUUAAUUACCACAUUGCAGGAUCUAAAAGAUUAUUAAAAAAAUCUUGUACAGGCUGAUCAUAGUAAAUUAGGGUGAUCAGAUGUCCCGAUUUUAUAGGGACAGUCCCAAUUUUUUUAUCUUUUGCUUAUAUUGGCUCCUAUUACCUCCCACCCUCUGUCCUGAUUUUUCACGCUUGCUGUUUGGUCACCCUAUAGUAAAUCAAAUACACUUAAUCAGUUCAAUGCUUCCUUCAAAACAACAACUUUGUACAUCAGCUAAUGCAAGCAACAAGCCACUUCAGCUAAAUGGAGGAUGGUUUAUCAUGUUAUAGUCAUACUUCCCCUGAUUCAGCAAAGCAUUUAAUUCAUCAGGGGAGAAACUGACUGAACCCUUUGGAUUUUAAUCUCAGGAUUAUGCCUGGUGCUUAAAUUUAUGGUUGCCCAUCAUCACAUACUGGAAAGAUUCUUAGUGAAUUCAACAUCUCUCCUAGAGUCAGUUUGAAGUCUGGAAAUAGUGUUAUCUCUAUCCACAUUCCCACGGACAAUUCUGGAUGUGAGUAGUUGCAUUGGAAACAGUCUUCACACAGGAGGCAAACCCUCUGCACUGUACAACAGCAAAGGAUCAGAUCACAAUUACUGUGAUGGGGGUUCCAUACGCUAGCAAUUUAGAAUAUCCAACUUCAUUCUUUCACCUUAGUGUAAAUGAGAAAGUGGCCCUCAUUCUUAAUACUUCUGAAACAGAUACAUGGUACAACUUGAGAUGUAAUUAGAUACAGCUCUUAAACUACACAGAACUCAGGUGAGUGUACUGUUUAGAAAUAACUGUCAAAUAUGAUACUUCCAUCUAAGUUGAACUGAACUCUUGAUCUUUCCCAGCAGUGGAGCAAUUUAAUGUAAAAUAGAACUAAGAAUAAUUACCACUGGAAGAACUUUCAAAAAUAAGUUGUAUAAAUUGACUUUACUAACUUAGUGAUAUAACAGGUUUUUUUAAGGAGAGUCAAUUGUUUAAAUACCUCCAUUACAUCAGGUAAUCAAGGUUACACUUAAUGGGCACCUAGCCAGUUGGAAAGGGAGGAAGAAGGUGGCUGUAUGUGGCACAGAAGGAAAUAGAGCCAGUCUUCACAUUUCUAAGCUUGCAUGGGGUGUUGCAGUAGAGGCUGGGUAAGAUGUAAGAUGAAAACUUUGUGGUGGGGGGUUACAGUAUGCUCAUUUUACUUAGUGACUUGAGCUGUAGUGAUCACGUUUGCUUAAUUUAAUUUCUUUUUAAGGCACUACUUCCACCACUGAAAUGAAAUGCUUAUAGUGCAACUCACCAUUGACUUAUAUAUCACUAAAUUGUAGUAAGCAACCCCCAACAGCUUCUUGAGGAGAAUCUUCCUACUUUUGACUCUCCAUUAAGUACUUUGCAUGUAUGAAAUAGCAUGGUUUCAAUUUCUUGUCCCCGUUUAAUAUACUAUAGUUAAAAUUUAGCAAUACUGCAGUUCUGUGUGAAAUGGCUGAGCCUGUAGCAAUAAUUGAUCCAUGUGCUGAGAAGAGAUGCUAAAAUAAUCAAUCUAGUACACUAAGGUCUCUAAGUAGCUACAUACAACUUGGUUGUAUGCCAUAAUGGGCUAUCUUACCAUCUGCAAUUGCACACUUACGAGUUAAGUAUUAAAGCUUUUUAGGAUUGCCCAUAUUACUUUAAAGGGGUGUAGGUAGCCUGUUUUGUGCACCUAUUGGGUAUUUCAUCAGGUCACUAACUUUUAGUCUAAAAAGGAAAAGCUAUUAAUUACUUUCCCAAAGGAAAGCUUGCAUUAAAAAUCAGUUUCACAUUGUUAGUGCUCAGUAGCAUGCUGACUAUUAAUUUGAGUAUGUGUCUUAAACAGUUCAGAUUAUCAAUGCACCUUUUUCCUUCAUCUUACUAUCAAAUGCUCUUUCGCUGAAAUUUCAGCCUGGGAGAAACAAAUAAGCACAGAAGUAAAUCUGAAUAAACUGCUUUCCAGGCAAAUCUGAUACAAGAGGAAGUGACUAAAGCCAGACUUGCAAAUAGAAUUUUGUAUGCAGUACCCUGAAGAACCAUGGCCAAGUAGCUAAAGCAUAGACCAAGAAAUUAGAUGGAGAAGGUUCUAGUGAUAGGCCUGUUGCAGAUUUAGUAUGCCUGGGAGACAUUUAACAUGGCUGUACAGAUCUGUGAAAAGGGAGUAAUACUUCAGUCUUUAUGCUCUGUUUAUAAAGGACUCUUGAAAUCCUUGCUGGUGCUCAAGACCCAUUACUUACAUUGAACAGCACUGAAUUUAUGGCAGCUAGGGGAAAAGGUCAAAUACAAGUCCCAAUCUCUGUGAGGGAGUUAAUGUUAAGUUCCUUUGAAGAUGAAAAAUGCUAAAUUCAUAGAAGUAGCUCAUGUAAUACUUGUCAGGAUUUUCAGUAUUGUGCUGCAAGACUUGGCCCUACCCUGAUUUGAAGAGGUGGUGAUUGCUGUAUAGAAGACUUAUGCCCUUCACUUGAUCACUGGUCAUACUGAAUAAGAGUGCAUCAGCCUUACAGGGCCGUAAGAAUCUGGAUUUUUUUUAUAUACCAUACUAUUUUGCUAAAUAUAUGAACAGAACCACAAGGAACUUUCACUGUAAAAGUAGGUUCAGAAGCUGACUUCACUCUCCUCAUUCUGGUUGCAGUACACUAACCAUCUUAAUCACUUUUCCAUGUAAACAAUUUAGUUACAGCAAUAUUAUGAUUUUCAAUGGGAGGGAACAUGCUCUUUACAGAUAUGGUUUACAGACCCACUUUGAGAACCCUUUUGAAAGUGAAGGGACAAACUGUUCUGGACAACUGAGGUUCAGCUUAUUAAAGUUAUACCACAACUGAAAUACAGAUUGAAUUUUUACUUUUCUUACCUGCAAAUUCUUAAACAGUUUGAGAGAAAGCAAAAUCACUCUUGAAACUACAUCUCUAGGGGUUUUUUUGGUAAAACUAACUUGAAAUUCUUAGCUUUUUGUAGUUUGUUUUGUUAAAUAAAGUACUGGUAUAGCACUAAAAA